AACAAGAUAAAUGGCGGGAGGUUUCAACGUUUUACUUAACUUUUUUUUUGUAGGAAGCUGCGAGCAGCUGGUUCUCUUUUAGGGUCUCCUAAGAAUGGUUUGCAUUGGUUGAAGAGCACUUGAAUAAAUCAAACAUGAAGUGGCAGCAUUAUCCUAAAAUAUAUUUUCCUCUGCUUACCAUACUUGUGACUAUAGGAGGUCUCUUUGGAGCACCAGUAGAUGAGGACAUUAUGAAUCAAUUGCUGUCGGUAAAUACCCCAGCUGAAGCGCACACAUCAGAAGAGCUCUCCAUAACUCCUUCUUUGAGUGCACACUCAAGUAUAUCUACAGCAACAGGCGAUUGGAAACCAGAGUUUCCACAUACUGACCGAUCUCUAGCAGCUACAGUGGGUUUGAGCAUUGACAACCGUGAAACUGGUCUUCAAAGUGAAGGAAUGGAAUCUGUAUCUGAAGAAACAUCCACCUCUAACAAACGUUCACUUAACUUGGUAACUGUUCAGCCAACAGAAAUGGUUUCGAGCUACUUUGUUCCGUUCACCAGGAAAGCACAGGCCAAACAUAUCAAUAUGAUCUCUACAACUCCACACCUAAUGGAGUCUUCAACUGGUCCAACAACUGAAAUAUCCAGUGGAGAUGGGAAACUAACUUGGCACAGAGAGCUGACUGUUCCCAUUAUGUCUUCAACCCAGUCUCCAAUUAGCUCUGUGGGAUCAACAUUACCUAGUGUACCAGGUGAUUUGCCAAGCUCCUCAGUUCUUGACCAUGCACUCCCUGUUGAUGAAAUGGAGUUGAGCACCAUCUCUUCAGAACAUGCUGAGUCUAGUGCUUAUAAAUUUGUAUCAGUGGAACAAACAAUCACACCUGGAUCAGAGUCCACAAAUGAGUCAACUCUUCCUGUGUUUAGCAUAGAAUCUACUGUUGCAGCUAAUACAAGCAGUAUUACCUCCGCUUUAUUUAUGCAGCUGUCUACCUCUUGGUCUAGUGACUCCACUGGAUCACCCAAUAAUGCACAGGGUAACCAGUGGCAAGCAACACAUGCUUCAAUGGAUGUAUACACCACAGCCCCUUCGUCCAUUGGGACUAAUGAUCCAUCUCCAGAUGUUUCAGAGGAUGGUCACUCAACUGCUUCCUCCAAUGGGAGCAAUUGGCUGUACUCGGAUGUUUCAGAGGAUAUGUACUCUACUGCUCCCUCCAUUGGGACUAACAAUCCAUCUCUAGAUGUUUUGGCGGAUGUGUACUCCACCACUCGCUCUUCCAUUGGGACCAAUUGGCCAUCUCCAGAUGUUUCAGAAAGUAUAUACUCCACAACCACCUCUUCCAUUGGGGCUAACUAUCCAUCUCCAGAUGUUUCAGAGGAUAUGUACUCAACUGCUCCCUCCAUUGGGAGCAAUUGGCUGUCCUCGGAUGUUUCAGAUAUGUACUCCACUGCUGCCUCCAUUAGGACUAACUAUCCAUCUCCAAAUGUUGCAGAGGAUAUGUACUUUGUUUCCAUUGGGGCUAACUAUCAGUCUUCAGAUGUUUCAGAUGUGUAUUCCACUGCUCGCUCUUCAACUGGGUCAAAUUGGCCAUCUCCAGAUGUUUCAGAAAGUAUGUACUCCACAGCCCCUUCCUCCAUUGGGGCUAACUAUCCAUCUCCAGAUGUUUCUGAGGAUGUGUACUCCACCCCUUCCUCUUCCAUUGGGACCAAUUGGCCACCAUCUGUUUCAGAGGGUGAACACUGCACUUCUGUAGCUACCACUUGGUCGUCCUCUACCUCUGUGGAAUUUUCUACAGCACUACCUUAUGGACAACCAUCUAUUGGUAAAGAUAUUGCCACAACUAGUGAGUUUCCUGGUGACUCUGAGUACUUCUCUAGAACUUCAUCUACUCCCAAUUUUCAGCCUAGUGUUUCUGGAGCUGAAUCUGUUUCCAGCAACUGGGAACAGAGCAUUUCUGAGGAACUGUCCACUUCCAUGGACAGUACAAGCUAUAUGGCUCCUCAAACCAGUUCAAUUAUUGGCAGUUACUUGAAAACCAGUGACCCUGGCAUGCAGCUUUUUACAAUGACAACUAGUGGACUGGAACCUGAAGGCAGCAGUUUGACAAUAGAAUCCAGUCAGACUGCUUCAUACACCCAUAGUUCAGUCAUCCGCAAUCCCCUUCAAUUGCAGUUUGAAAUCCUGAAUCAAAACUAUACAGAUACUUUGAGUAAUAAAUCUUCAGAAGCCUACAAAGAGCUGGAGGCAAUGGUGAAAGCAACUCUGGACCCCAUAUUUUCUGCUCGCUAUGGUGACAGCUUUCUCGAAACCAAGAUCCUCAGUUUUGCGAUCAAUGUUGGGAUCUUGACUGUUCUCAAUGCCCUGAAUGAAGGGAUAGACGGUAUGGUUACCAAAUUUGCUGAUGACACAAAGGUGCCAUAUCUUCGCUACCGGGCUCACCUCACCAAUGCCACUGAGUUGCAUGGUGAUCCCACACUCACUCCACCACCAGAAGUUGCCAGCUCUGCUGCAACUGCCACUGCCUUGCCAGUUUUAGGAAUCCCUACUCUGGGCCUACUGCGACCAAGACUCCUGGCCUCGCCAGUGCUAGGGGUCCCUAUUCUGGGCCUACUGCAACCAAGACUCCUGGCCUGGCCAGUGCCAGGGGUCCCUGCUCUGGGCCUAUUGUGA